GCAUUUCGCUCAGUUCAUUGGACAGCUCUGACCGGUUUGGUCGAGCACGCGAUCGUAGUUUGUUCGAAGUAAAUUAUUAACUGCAGCAGUUAUAGGAUGAUCGUAUCACGCGGAUUAUCGCUUGUGUUGUUAGUUGUCGCCGUCGCAGCCGGUGUUGAUGUCGAAACGGUCAAUGAUACGAGAGCCGGUUUUAGCGGUGGUGAUUCAGUGAAACUUGUUCGAGAACGGAACAAAUGCGGCCGAUCGCCGACCACCGCCAGUGGGAGCAUGAUCCAGCGCGGUCGGAAGUUCUGCAGUGGCGAGCUCAUCUUCGAGGACAACUUUGACUUUUUCGACUUUGAGAUUUGGGAACACGAGAACACGCUGGCCGGUGGUGGGAACUGGGAAUUCCAGUGGUACACUAACAAUCGUUCCAAUUCGUUCGUUGAUGAUGGCAUUCUAUACAUCCGGCCCACGCUCACAGCCCACGAGUAUGGUGAACACUUUUUAACUUCUGGUACCAUCAAUCUGCGUGGAAAUCGCCCCGUUGAACAAUGUACCAACGCUGCCUUCUGGGGCUGCGAGCGAGUUGGUACGGAAACGCACGUUCUGAACCCGGUCAAGAGUGCCCGAAUCCGUACGCUUCCGUCGUUCAACUUUAAGUACGGUCGAGCGGAGGUUCGAGCCAGGCUUCCCAGCGGCAAUUGGUUGUGGCCCGCGAUUUGGUUGCUACCGAAGCGGAAUGCAUACGGCACGUGGCCCGCAUCCGGGGAGAUGGAUCUGAUGGAAUCCCGUGGAAAUGAAAAUCUGACGGUUGGUGAAACUCAGAUCGGGACGCGUCAGGUCGGACAGACGCUACACUUUGGACCGAAUCCAUCGCACAAUGGGUACAACACGGCCACACUGACGAAGAACGCUAUGCCCGGAGUGGAGUACAGUAAGGGAUUCAACACGUUUGGAUUCGUGUGGUCUCCCGAUAAUAUUACGGUCAGCAUCAACGGAGAGGACCUGGCCACCAUCGAGGGUGGGGAUGGUUUCUGGCAGCGAGCUGGAUUCGAUAAGCUCAACAUGGAGAACCCCUGGCGGUAUGGAACCAAGAUGGCACCGUUCGAUCAGGAGUUUCACUUUAUUCUGAAUCUUGCGGUCGGUGGAGUUAAUGGAUAUUUCCCGGAUAAUGGGGAUAAUCCUGGCGGUAAACCUUGGAAGAAUAGUUCACCGCAAGCAGCUACCGAUUUCUGGAAUGGACGUGAAAGCUGGUUACCCACGUGGAAUCUGGACAAGAAUGAUGGAAAGGAUGCAUCCCUUCAGGUGGAUUAUGUAAGGGUUUGGGCUUUGUGAGUGAAGUUCGGGAUUAAAGUCGAUUUGGCUGUAACACACAUAAA